UUGUUUAUUUGGUUGCUAAUGAGUCGAUCUCAACUUGUCAACAAAGAAAGACUACUAGUCCAAUGUUAUUGAACAUGAUUUAUUAGUAUUGUUGGAUAUGAUUAUUGGGAUAUGAUUAUUGUAUGUAAUACGUAAAUAACGUAGUGUAGUGUAGAAGUAUUGGGCCAAUUGUAUUAAUGGCCUAUUAGGCCCAUGCAGCUCACGUCGACCCAUGAAAAUGACGUGUGUGCUAGGGUUGCUUAGUAGUUGAUAUAGCGCAGCCUGUGAUUUCUGUAUGGUCACUGAGAAUUCUGGAGUACAGCAGUAGCCGAAGAGUGAUCAAGCUCUUCCGUGGAUUAGUCCUGGAAAUUCCAGGGAUACCACGUAAAUCCGUUGUCCGUUUCCGUUUCUGUAUUUGAUUUUCAAUAUGGUAUCAGAGCUUCAGUCAAUUGAAUCCGAUCGUCCGGCCGUUCGUCUGAAUUCAACAAAUUUUGCACUCUGGGAAUUCCAAUUCCGAGUUUUCGUGGAAGGCAAAGGAUUACUGAGCAUUCUCGAUGGCACACAGGCCAAACCUGAAGGCGCCGCCGCUACGCCUCAAGCUGUUGCUACCUGGACUCAAAACGAUGCACGAGUCAGGUCUUGGUUGCUUGGAUCGGUAGAUCCGUCCACUUGUCUCAGCCUCCGUCUGUACCCGACCGCCAAUCGUAUGUGGCGUCAUCUAUCCGUCAUGUAUUCCACAGUAAAUGCAGCCCGUCAGUUCGAGAUACAACUAGCUUUGUCUCGUCUGGAACAAGGCGAACACAGCGUCUCCGAGUACUUCAAUGCCGCGCAAGAGCUCUGGACAGAGCAAGACCUUCUGCAUGCUGCCCUUCGUCCCCAGGCUGUUCUCACCGAAGACGCAAUCGCAGAAAGGAUGCAGACAAGGCUUCUGAAUUUUUUGAUGAAAUUGCGUCCGGAAUUCGAAUCUGUCCUGGCAACCUUGUUGAAUCGAGAGAUUCUUCAGUUUGAUGGGGUGUUGGGUAUCCUUAUGAGAGAAGAGAUUAGAUUGAGAACUCAAGCUACUAUAGACUUGCGACCUGGAGAAGGGGAAUCUGUAGUUGCUGCGGCUGUCACGCACGGAACGCUAGGUGGAAGGCAUGAUAAUUCAGCAUAUGCAGUGGACCGUCCUCAAUUUCAGCGGAGGGUUCCCGUAUCUGAUUUGGAAUGCCAUCACUGCCGAGAAAAAGGUCACGUGCAAAAGCAUUGUCGUAGAAGAAACUUUUGCGUUUACUGUAAACGCAUGGGGCACAUUAUCCUUGAUUGUCGAACUCGAGAGAGGAAUGCAGCUCGUGAGGGUGGUCCAACUCUUCGAGGGAAUUCAGGAAAUGUACAGCCACGUUCAGGAUAUGGAGAACGUGCUGAUCGGGCUGUUUUUGGGGCAUAUCCAAGCAAUGAUCAUGGGAGUUGGAGGCCUGCUCCUCCUCGUGAUGCAUGGCGGCAUGCUGGUGGACGUCCCGCAGGAACAAUAGGUGAAGCAGGCAGCAGCAAAGGGAAUCCACAAGGGUCUUAUACAGGGGCUAUUGGGGACAUAGGAUCAUCAACUGGUGGAGUUACAAUGGCCGCAGUCGAGCAGAUUGUCAAUUCGGCAAUCAACGCCGCAUUUGCUACACUCAAUGGAACGGGUAAACAUCAUUCCCCUUGGUUGAUUGAUUCUGCAUGUUAUAACCAUAUGACCCAUGAGUCUCGUGCUUUGAAAAAUUUGUCUCCGGUGAACGAUAUGGAAUUAAUGGUUGCGAAUGGAACUAAGCUAAAGGUUAACGGCAUGGGUGAUGUAGCGAUGAAAGGAAUUAAUUUACAUAAUACUUUGCAUGUGCCAGCUCUUGUUCCUAAUUUAGUCUCUGUUGGGCAACUUACUGAGCAAGAUUAUAUUGUAUCGUUUGCACCGUCUGGCUGUCUUGUACAGGAUUCGAAGACGGGGAGGCCGAUCGGAAGGGGGAGUAAGCAAGGCAGGCUGUUUCAUCUUGAGGAACUUCAUGGGAAUUCUGUCUCUCCAGUUGUACGUAGUUCGUUCAAUAGAUCUGUCAGUAGUCCUCUGCCCUCUAGUUCGUGCUCGGCUGUUUCUAGUACUUCUAAUAAUAAGUCGUGGGAACUUUGGCAUGCCCGUCUGGGGCAUCCCCACUCUCUUCGUCUCUCUUUGAUGUUCAAAAAAUCUUUGCUCGGUACAAACAGUGUUAGCAUGCCUGAUUUUCAUUCCUGUACUAGUUGUGUUGAAGCUAAAACGACUAGUAUUUCCUAUCCAUCUAGUUCAACUAUUAUUCAUAAACCUUUUCAUGUGAUUCAUACUGAUCUUUGGGGUCCAGCUCCUACAGUGUCUCGUCAUGGAUUCCGCUACUUUGCUCUUUUUAUAGACCAUGCUACUCGAUAUACCUGGAUUUACUUACUUCGUCUAAAAUCCGAUCUGCGUGAUGUUGCAAUUGAAUUUCUGAAUAUGGUUCAAACUCAAUUCAGCAAACCAGUGAAAAUUAUUCGUUCUGAUCCAGGAGGAGAAUUUAGUUCCUUUCCUUUGCGUGAAGUUUACCGGUCCCGUGGUAUUUUGAGUCAAAAUUCAUGUCCUGGUAUUUCUCAGCAAAAUGGUUUGGUUGAGAGGAAAAAUCGUCAUGUAGUCGAGUUAACUAGAGCCUUGUUGUUAGCUUCCUCUGUCCCGUCUAGUUUCUGGCCUGAGGCUGUUGUCACGGCAGUUCGUUUGAUCAAUUAUCAAAUCACUCCGGUGCUUGGCAAUGAAUGUCCUUUUUUUAAAUUGUUUGACCGUCUGCCUGACUAUUCCCGCCUUCGUGUGUUUGGGUGUUUGUGCUUUGUACUUCUUCCCAAACGAGAACGUACGAAGUUGACAUCCCGAACUGUGAAGUGUGCUUUUAUGGGUUAUAGUGACGUACAUAAAGGGUAUAUGUGUUUUGAUCCUGUAGCUCAGCGCAUUCGAGUUGCAAGUACCGUCGUGUUCUUUGAACACAUGAAAUUCUUUGUUCCCGAGUCCACCUCCGAGUCUAUCUUUCCCGCGUCUAGUGCUCUUCCCGUGAUUCCUUAUGAUGAUCAACCUACUCAUGAUCUUGUUCCUGCUAUUCCCCCUGAUGAUGUGGACUCUCCUGGAUCCUCACCUACUACAUCUCCACCAACUUUUGGUGCGUCUUCAAGUUCUCCUGGGUCUACUUCUAGUGGCGAGACUUCCACAACACCUAUUCCCCAACCUCGGCGCUCCCUUCGUUCAACAAAGGGUAUCCCACCACCGCAAUUUGACGAUUAUGUGGUGAUGGGUGUUGACACUUUAGUUGUUCCGACUCGGUACAAGGAUGCACAAGGAGAUCCCCGGUGGGAGGAGGCGAUGGGGAGUGAAUUUGAUGCACUCCAUGCAAAUCACACCUGGGACGUUGUUGAUCGUCCUGCUCCGGACACUCCUACUGUUGGUAGUCGUUGGGUUUAUACGAUUAAAAUGAAUCCAGAUGGGACUAUUGAACGCUUCAGAGCCAGAGUGGUGGCCUUGGGUUAUACUCAGGAGCACGGGGUGGAUUAUAAUGAGACUUUUGCUCCUGUAGCUCGUAUGUCGACUGUUCGUACUCUGCUAGCUGUUGCUUCUAUGAAGAAGUGGUCACUGUCUCAGCUCGAUGUGAAGAACGCCUUCUUGCACGGCGAUCUUGAUGAGGUGAUAUACAUGGAAAAACCUCCAGGAUACAAUGUAGGGAGGCCAGGACAGGUGUGCCGGCUUCGUCGAUCCCUGUAUGGUUUAAAACAGGCGCCCCGGGCUUGGUUCGAGAAAUUUCAAGGCACUCUGGUUGGUCUUGGGUACAGUCAAAGUCUUAACGGUCCUUCUAUGUUCAUCAAGACCACUUCCAGAGGUAUUGUUCUUCUCUUGCUGUAUGUAGAUGAUAUGAUCAUCACGGGAUCUGACUCAGAAGGCAUUAGGCAGCUUAAAGAUGGGUUACAUGCUUCAUUUCGCAUUAAAGACCUGGGUCUACUUUCUUACUUCCUGGGGUUAGAAGUUUCACGUUCUGCAGCUGGAAUAUUCUUAUGUCAGCGGAAGUAUAUUUCAGAUCUGUUAGGAGAUUACUGCAUGGAAGACUGUGUUCCGGUAAACACUCCAAUGGAGCCUAAUUUAAAACUGAGCAGGGAGUCAGGUGAUAAGGUAAAGGAUGGUUCACAGUAUCGGAGCAUUGUAGGUAGUCUGAUUUAUUUAUCAGCUACUCGACCAGAUAUUUCCUAUGCAGUACAGCUGGUUAGUCAGUUUAUGGCGGAUCCUCGGACUGAUCAUUUGGCUGCAGUGUAUCGUAUACUGAGAUACUUACGUGGAACUAAGGAGUUGGGACUCUUAUUCCCAACGUCAGGGACAACAACACUGAGAGCUUAUUCUGAUUCGGAUUAUGCAGGUUGUUGAUACAAGACGAUCUACGACUGGAUGGUGUGUUCAGUUCGGAAAUUCCUUCAUUUCGUGGAGGUGUAAGAAACAGGACAAGGUGUCCAAAUCUUCCACGGAAGCUGAGUACCGAGCUAUGUCAGAUGUAACGUCGGAAUUGACCUGGCUGCGACGUUUGCUGUGUGACAUGGGGGUGGAGAUUACAGGUCCGAUGGAUCUUUUUGUUGAUAAUACUAGUGCUAUCCGAAUAGCAGAAAAUCCAGUUCUACAUGAUCGGACCAAACACAUCGAGGUACAUGUUCAUUAUGUUUGAGAUGAAGUACGAGAUGGUACUAUUGCACUACACUACGUUCGGACAGAAGAUCAAGUUGCUGACAUACUUACGAAGUCAUUUUCUACUAGUCGACACCGAUUCCUGUCUGACAAAUUGAUGCUAGUUCCCCGACAUCACUUUGGGGGAGGCUGUUGGAUAUGAUUAUUGGGAUAUGAUUAUUGUAUGUAAUACGUAAAUAACGUAGUGUAGUGUAGAAGUAUUGGGCCAAUUGUAUUAAUGGCCUAUUAGGCCCAUGCAGCUCACGUCGACCCAUGAAAAUGACGUGUGUGCUAGGGUUGCUUAGUAGUUGAUAUAGCGCAGCCUGUGAUUUCUGUAUGGUCACUGAGAAUUCUGGAGUACAGCAGUAGCCGAAGAGUGAUCAAGCUCUUCCGUGGAUUAGUCCUGGAAAUUCCAGAGAUACCACGUAAAUCCGUUGUCCGUUUCCGUUUCUGUAUUUGAUUUUCAAUAAGUAUCUUGUUCAAAUUCAUGACUAACCUUAAAAAUGGAACCUAGAUAUCAUAAGAUCCAACCAUCAAACCUUAAAUCGACCAACUUUUGAAAUCUGGCCGACAUGAUCUAAACUCAUAGUGCAAUUAAAUCAAGUUUGACUUUGUCGUCAAAGUGUAUAAACAAAGCAUAUAAACGUCUCACAAACCCAAAAUCUGGAUAAUGAAAUUUUCAAAAGACGAGUCAGACAUAUCAAUCACUUGAACUACGAUCUUCGUGGGCAAAGAGACAUGGAGCUAGCUGGAAACCCAACAAUUCGAGUUAUUGGGACUAACUAGUUCAUGACAUGACAUACGUGUUGGUUUGCCCUUGAGGUCAAAUCUUCGAAUCCUCACGAGCACCAAUAUUAACCGCGAUGUUUUAAAGCCACAUGUUAUGGUGGUUUAUGGCCAAAACUAAAGGCUAUGAGUUAAUUUUGAGCUUCUUCCAAUAACUCGAGUUAUUAAGACCAAUUGAAUCACACACAUUUUGCGAGUUGGUGAUGAAGAAUAUUGGGUUGGUAAAGAGCUCUAGAGCGUUGCUACUAAUACAUAAUUGAGGAUUUGGUGGGGGGGACUUCCAAUAAGGUAAUUCACCAGGU